GCUAUAUUCUGUUAAUAAGAUGUAUCUGAUGAAUAAAAUUGCCAGAUUUUCCCGCCAGAUAGCUCGCCCCCUUGUGGCGGCCCGAAAUUUGGCCGUUGAGGCGCCAUUAGAAGGCGGUAAUGAAGUUUUGAUCGAACGUUUGGAAGGUGCACAGAAAGGUAUUACAGUACUUGGUCUCAAUAGGCCUGCCGCAAAGAACUCUUUCAGCCGGGGAAUGGUUGAUACCUUUGGCGAAAUAUUGGAAGAAAUUAAAAAGGAUAAUGGUUCGAGAGUGGUUGUCCUACGCAGUCUCACGCCGGGCAUCUUCUGUGCUGGCGCUGACUUGAAGGAGCGUAAAGGCAUGUCCACCGAGGAAACCAGCGAGUUUGUGUCGAAUCUACGAAACCUGUUCAUUAGCAUUGAACAAUUGCCGAUGCCCGUAAUCGCCGCAUUGGAUGGCGCUGCUUUGGGUGGUGGUCUGGAAAUGGCUCUGGCAUGCGAUAUACGCACGGCAGCUUCAAAUACCAAAAUGGGUCUGGUAGAGACUCGACUGGCCAUAAUCCCUGGCGCCGGGGGCACUCAGCGACUCCCCCGCAUUCUCUCUCCCUCGCUGGCGAAGGAACUUAUUUUCACUGCCCGAGUCUUGGAUGGAAGUGUGGCCAAGGAGCUGGGUCUGGUCAGCCAUGUUGUAAGCCAGAACGAAAAAAAUGAUGCUGCCUACCAGCAGGCCCUAAAGCUCGCCGAGGAAAUCCUCCCCAACGGUCCAGUGGGUGUGCGAAUGGCCAAACUGGCUAUUGACAAGGGCAUGCAGGUCGACCUAAGCACGGGCUACUCCAUUGAAGAGGUCUGCUAUGCUCAGGUGAUACCCACAAAGGACCGCCUGGAGGGACUCGCCGCGUUUGCCGAGAAACGCAAGCCCGUCUACAAGGGAGAGUAAAUGGAAAUGCCACGGUCCUAACGUUAAGCUGAACAGUGCAUUUAAAAGUUAUUCUGCUAUUGUCGUAGACACACACAAACACAUGGCCGAGCCCAAUUUGCUUGGUUUUAUAUAAAUCUAACGAUUCUAUCGAGCUGCCAAAUAACUUGAAUUACGUUAAUUAUCCAGCUAUUUUUUAAUCGGUCCGCUGACGCAUCUCCUUUUGUUCAUGCCAAUGUUAAUUACAGCCAUUAAAUACCACCCCACCGAUUGACA